AUGAAUUCUUGCUGUGCUCAAGAAAUUCAGCAUGCAGAGAAACUAAGUGGUACACUGAACAAGUCAGAAAUGGGAAUGUUGAUAUCAAUUUAG